GCUGCGCUUUGCGAUCCCGGACUGCUUUUCGUCUCUGCGAUUCCAUAUAUAUGAAUCCACAAACAGAGCUUGAACCUGUGUCACUCCCCGUAACGUGCGGUAAACUCUGCGCUGUCAUUCGGAUGAGCUUUCAUGGCCCACCGAUCCCCCUAAACAUCGUCUAAAUAACAAAGACUGGACCGUACACUGUAACUGUCCCAGCCACGACAAACACGCUACCAUGAAGUUUCCUUUACGUUUCCGAGACGAUACGCCUUGGGAGGUCGUUGAUCAGGCCGAGGUCGAACCUAUCUUUAUGUACGAUGAAGAAGAAGAUUUGACCAUUGCGAGAGUUUGCGACGAGGACAUGUGUACCACAUACGUGUUUGAUGUGAAAGCCCAAAAGCACCUUCAGAAGACGCUUUGGUAUUCGCGACAAACGCUCCUGGAGGGGGCAGCGAAUCAAGGUUUCAAUGUGUUAUUGUACGAAGGGUGGCGGUUAACGUUGACGCGCAAGGGCAAGAAACAUCGAGUCCAGGUGCAGUACCGUGGAAGACCCGCUUACGCAGUGGGCAAGCUACCCCCGAUCCACCCGCCUCCCUUUCUUGCGCUGCUCGAAAGCUGUAAAUUUACAUAAUAUAUCACCGGUGCGAAGACACGAUUGGUCGUCAGCAUACUUAAUCCCUGUAUUGCAACCUCACGUGUAUGUCUAGUCUACAUGCUGCAGCGUAAGCACUCCUUUCAGUCACCCCGCGUAUCAUUCACCCGACCAGCAGUCGGGGCAGCCUUCGAGCCUCGACCUUCGAUCGUGCCC